AUGUCAGCGGCGGGCGGGCAGCCAUGGUGUGAGUGAGGGCACUGAUUGAGGCGGCCGGCCCGGCGCGGCUCCGCUCGGCUCCGCUCGGCUCGGCUCGGCGGGGCCCGGCCCGGCAGCAUGUCGGGGCCCAGCGCCGUGUCCGACCCCCAGCACCCGGCGCGGCUGCUGCGGGCGCUCAGCUCGUUCCGCGAGGAGAGCCGCUUCUGCGACGCGCACCUGGUGCUGGAGGGGGAGGAGAUCCCGGUGCAGAAGAACAUCCUGGCGGCCGCCAGCCCCUACAUCAGGACAAAAUUGAAUUACAAUCCUCCAAAGGAUGAUGGCUCAACGUACAAGAUUGAACUUGAAGGGAUAUCUGUUGAUAUCAUGAAAGAGAUACUAGAUUACAUCUUCAGUGGGCAGAUCAGGCUAAAUGAAGAAACUAUCCAAGAUGUGGUACAGGCAGCUGAUCUCCUGCUGCUUACAGACUUAAAAACUCUCUGCUGUGAGUUUUUAGAAGGUUGCAUAGCUGCUGAGAACUGUAUUGGUAUUCGGGACUUUGCACUGCACUAUUGUUUGCAUCAUGUUCACUACCUUGCCUCAGAGUAUCUGGAAACUCACUUUCGAGAUGUCAGCAGCACAGAGGAAUUCUUGGAACUGACUCCUCAAAAACUGAAAGAAGUGCUGUCAAUGGAAAAGCUCAAUGUUGGAAACGAAAGAUACGUCUUUGAAGCGGUGAUUAGGUGGAUUUCUCAUGAUUCGGAAUCGAGAAAGGUUCACAUGAAGGAUGUCAUGUCAGCAGUGUGGGUUUCGGGCUUAGAUGCGGCGUAUUUACGCGAGCAGAUGAUGAGCGAACCGCUGGUCCGGGAGAUCGUCAAAGAAUGCAACAAUAUUCCGCUGACGCCGCCGCAGCAGGGAGAGGCCAUGCUCGCCUCCUUCAAGCCCCGCGGCUACUCCGAGUGCAUCGUCACUGUUGGCGGAGAAGAGCGAGUAUCACGGAAACCAACCUCAGUGAUGCGCUGUAUGUGUCCUCUUUAUGAUCCCAAUAGACAGCUCUGGAUUGAACUUGCUCCUAUGAGUAUUCCAAGGAUCAAUCAUGGAGUAUUGUCAGCAGAAGGAUUUUUAUUUGUGCUUGGUGGUCAGGAUGAAAACAAGGGAACGCUAAGCUCUGGAGAGAAAUAUGAUCCAGAUACCAAUUCGUGGAGUUCCUUACCACCAAUGAAUGAGGCACGACAUAAUUUUGGUGUGGUAGAGAUUGAUGGUAUUCUGUAUAUUCUGGGAGGUGAGGAUGGUGAAAGGGAGCUGAUCUCUAUGGAGAGCUAUGAUAUUUAUAGCCGGACCUGGACCAAGCAGCCAGACUUGACCAUGGUUAGAAAGAUUGGCUGCUAUGCAGCUAUGAAGAAGAAAAUCUAUGCAAUGGGUGGAGGCUCCUAUGGAAAACUCUUUGAAUCUGUUGAGUGUUAUGACCCCAGGACUCAGCAGUGGACGGCGAUCUGUCCUCUGAAAGAGAGAAGAUUUGGGGCAGUGGCCUGCGGAGUUGCCUCUGAGCUUUAUGUAUUUGGUGGGGUCAGGAGUCGUGACGACAGUCAAGCCAGUGAGAUGGUGACGUGCAAAUCUGAAUUUUAUCACGACGAGUUUAAAAGGUGGAUUUAUCUGAAUGACCAGAACCUAUGUAUCCCAACUAGUUCUUCCUUCGUGUAUGGAGCUGUGCCCAUUGGAGCUAGCAUAUAUGUGAUUGGAGAUCUCGAUACAGGUACAAAUUAUGACUAUGUUAGAGAAUUCAAAAGGAGCACGGGGACCUGGCAGCGCACUAAACCACUGUUUCCGUCGGACCUGCGCCGCACCGGCUGCGCGGCUCUGCGGAUCGCAAACUGCAAGCUCUUCCGACUGCAGCUUCAACAAGGAUUAUUCCGCAUUCGCGUCCCUUCUCCGUGAUCCGUUUGCUGACAGUGGAGGAGACUGGAAGAAUUCUGCGCAGUCCACCAUAAUAUAGCUCUAUAUAAAGGAAAAGCUGAGAAAUUACAGCUGAAACUUACACUGUAUGCUGUGCUUUGGUAUGGUAACUGUUUUUGUUUUAAAUGCUUCAAAAGCUUGAGUCUCAGUUCUUUUUUUGGGAACAAAUAACUUAAGUCUACAUUAAAAAGAAGAGACGGGGGGGGGAAUAAAAGGGGGAUCAAGGAAACACCUUCAGCCAUAACCAUUUGGAGUUUAAACCAUGUUAUUGAAGGAGGUUUUCUGUGUCUGAAAUGGUGGGAAUUGGCAUUCUUUGGUGGAGUUUACUGAAAAGCAAAAACAAAUAUAUAAGAAGCGUUUCCCCUGAGGGGAACUGAUAAGAAUAAAUGUGCUAUCUUGGACUGGAUAGCUCUAAUACACAGAAACUAUAUGCUAACCAACCUCCCUGGUAUACCGCAAAGACUGUUGUUUGACUGCGAUGCCGUAGGGGAUGUUGGUUGUUGCACCUUUUAUUCCUAGUCCUUCCUCAAAAGUUAAGGUCUGUGCCUAAAAGUGGUGGAGGUGUGUACAUAGGGUUUUUUCAUUCAUUUGCAAAGUUUUCAUUCCUAGAAAUAUUUUUUAAUAUAUUUAAAAUGGACUAAUCUGAAAUGGCUACAGUAUACUACAGAGAAGUAAACUGUUUUUUCUACGCUGUCCUUUGAAUAGCCUGAUGAACUGGCGUACGGACGGGUGUUGUGCAUUUCUGCCUGGGCUUUCGUGGCUGUUUCCUUGAAGUAAGAAGCGAAACGGUGUUUGGAACGGUUACUGACGAUUGCUGCUUUUGGUGAAAGGCAACAGAACUUGACAAAUUAAGGCAAACAGGUUGUGUUCCUUUUUACUUCAGAUUGCUUGCAAACCAAGAAUGGUUUUUAAGACUGAGGAUUAUCUCUGUUAGAACAAAGAUGAAAUAUGACAAGGUUAUGUUGGUUUUGCAGAAAACAUAAUCUUGGACUAAGAGUUAAGGAAAAUUUGUACAGUGACUUUAAAUUGGGAUCAAAAAUCGGUUUACUAAUGAUUUCCGUGCUAAGGUACAGUCUUGUUUAUUGCUGUCUGACUUUGAAAGCUGGGGUUUAUGGUGCGGUUAUAGUGAAGAAUUUAGUAUCUUGCAUUUUAUUUCUUACUAAAUCUUGUUCACAUCAGUAGCGAUAUUUAAUGGACUUUUGUUCGUAGUCUGGAUCAGCUGGUGGAACACUUUUACCUCAAUUUUUGAUUUCAUUGUUUUUGCGAUGGGUGGGACGUAACCUGUAUUUAUUUAGAAAGAAUAAAACGAGAGAGAUAGAAAUAAGACCGCCUGCCCUUCUGAAAAAGAGACUUUGUAUAACCAGUAUUAUAACUACAUACAAUACUCCCCACUCUGCAACUUUGUGGACCUCAGACAAGCCAAUCUCUGCCCUGAGCUGUAUUAGCCUAAACCUCCGUCACCUAUCGAAUCGUCUUAGAUAUGCUGGAAUACACUCCUAAACUAGCACAAAAUAGUUCUAUUUCAUUAAAUAUUCCUUGAAGAGACAUUCUGAAACUUAAUUCUGCUCAGUCCUUCCAUAGCACUCAUGUGUGGUUGGAAUUACUCUGAUUCUGAGCAAAGGGGUUGGAAUAAGAGGGCAGCAGCCAAGCCAUCGACCAUUAUUUAUUUUUUUUAUUAUUUUUUACAAUGCUGAAGUACUGCAAAACUUGAACUAUAUACAUAAAUUUUCUGACCUAUAUUAGUUGGCAUAUUAAAAAGUUUAUAUAUUUAUGCAUUGCAGUAAACUUGAUAUGUGUGUAUAUAUAUGUCUUUAGUUUUUAAAUUUAUAUAUGAUGCUUUACUACCGAAAUGUGAACCACUAUUUCCAUCCUUGGCUGUCUUGUGAAAUAAAUCAAGUGCUGUUAGUUUACCUGUAAAACUUCCCUUUUUUGAAAAUCUUAAAUUGUUCAAUGUUUUUUUUUAGACAAAGUGCCAAGAUCCCACAUUCAAAAGUGAUGAAUGUUCCUAAGUAUCUAUUUCACUUUUGAGCUCAGUUUUCUAAGUGGCUUAGAAGACUUUCAAAAACGUGAUUCAGAAUAUCGCAGGCUGCUACUUCUUGAGUCCCUGUAGCUUCUCAGUACACUUGCGGGCAUUCAGCAUCCAGAAGAUCUAAGUAAUAAAUGCACAUAAUAAAUCCAAGUCAUACAUACCCUAGCAGUGUUUUGCAGUUAAAGUUAUGAACCAAAUGUUUACACUUAAAGUAGGAUUAACAGUAGUUUUGGCUUUGUUUUGGGUUUUUUUUUGACCAUAAAUAAACAAAUUUGCUGGUAGUUGGAGGAUGGUGUGAAUGCACUUGGUGAGAUUUGACACGGAAGUUUAAGCCUCUUCACCUGCAACAGUUAAUUUCUGGGCACACAUGUACUCUGGUGGCUUUGUCUGCAGUUGGUGGUUAGGGGCCAAGUCUCUAGAGAUGUCAUCUCCUGGAGCUUUGCAUGUUGCUCGAGCCAAAGAUUUAAUCACUCUUGAGAUGUCAAAACUGGCUUCCUUGGCUGUGCCUCACAGGGAUGGGGGUUGUUCCCCAUGUGUGUUGUCCAUGGGGCCAGCCCAGGAGAUGUUCUGGCCCUGUGUGUGUGUUGGGGGCAAUGGGUGCAUCUUUCAGGGUCUGGCUUGUCUGUGUGUCUGGUUCUGCUUUGCAGCCCCGGUGACGGGUGCGUCUCUUGAGAUGUACGAUAACCAGGUUCGAUUGCCGCCCAGUUUGGAGCAAGGCUUUGAAGCCAAGGCUCUUUCUCCAGGGUACAGGCGAUGGUGUGGGAGGGACGCUGACCUCUGCCUGCUCCUGGUACCCAGGAGAUGGUUGACUUUGGUAGAGGAGGAAGCUUUGAUACCACAGGUGCUGCAUUUGGGGACAUCACCAGUUUCUGAGCAUGUUGAGCAUGCAGACAGCUGUCGAUUGAAUGGGGUUCACUGGUACGUGCCACCCCAGCCGACGCCACUGUCCCGGCAGCUGUGUACCUGUGUGCGUGAUGGCUGAACCACGUGGCAACCAACUCGUGAAUCUUCUCAGUUUGGAGUCCAGUGCUUUUAGAUGGUUUGGCAGCUUAAGUUGUCCUUGCUUGCCAGUGUAGCCUUGCCAGCCGUCCCUUCUUGAUUCCUUGAAGCUCCUGAAUCGUCACUCUUAAACCCAGCCAGUUCCCCCACAGGUGGCUUUUCUGAACGACUUUCUUAGCCAGGUGUCUGUGCAGUCUGCUGCCUUCCAAGACCAGAUUUGUAGGCACCUGCCUUUGUUUACCGAACCGGGUGCCUUGCUGGGGUUGUGAGUUUGUCGUGGCGUUGAAAUGCUGAUGUUUUGAGACCAGUAUCUCCAUUGCUGAAGAGUGUCGCCAACCUGGUGCCCACCACACAUCACAGAAUCCAGCGGGGCUGGCUCUCAGGUGGUCACAUCUUGAGUCAAGCCUGGCACAACCCCAGACAAGGACUCAGCCUCCGUGUCCUUUCCUUCCCCCGCUGUGGCAUUGGACAGACCCCAGCCACUGCAAUCAGAAAAUCAGCCAAUUUGGGGUGGGGCUUGUGGAAGAUGGGAAUAGCAGUGGAAUUUUUUCUCUCCCCUCACUCCACCUCUUAGCACAAUUCCCCCUGAAAAAGUUUCCUCUUCAUUUUUCCAUGUGCCACAGAUUAUUUUUGAAAAAACUCUACUAUUGAUAAUUUAAGGGCAGAAUCAAAAGUUUGAGUGUACAAGUGGGGAGAAGAAGCGCUAAUACCAUAAGCACACAAUGGUGUCCUCUGUGCUUGUUUUACAUGUGUGGUCUUGUGGCCGCUCGGCACAGCAGAGCGAUUAUGGAGCAAAGGUGUAAAGUGUUGUCGCUGCCCUAAAAUCAAUCUCUUGGGUUUCUUGGGGAGGCACAAACCCACUCUGGUCUCCGUUUCUUACUUUGCCUUGUGAGAUGCUCGUGUUCCUAAGGAGGCAGUGCUGGAUUUCAAAUUCUCAUCCUUUCUGGUUUUAUAACCUGAAAAAGAGGCAUCUGAAGAGUCUUCUGUUGUGUUAUACCACAGCGAGGUCUGCCUCUCUUCAAAUAUUUCAUCAGCUAUUCCUCAGGUUUUAGUUAUUGUGAAAAAGCUGUAUCAACUCAGCUGUUCCUGGUCAAAUGACUUUCCAUAACUUUGAGGGUACCUCAUCUUUAAAUUGAAGGCAAAUUAAUCUGAAAUAACACAAAACUGUAGUGGUGAACCUGAAAACAAAGGCGAACUUACAAAUUCAGUUCACUGAUAGCUGUGGGCAGGCUGCAUUCCUCUUGCUUUUGACUGCACAACGCUUGACACCGCAGGGCCCGCCUUCCGAAGCACAUUUCUUGCUGAAAAUAAGGAUUUUUUUUUUUCAUCCAAAUUACCAAAGCACCUGGUUUGCUUUACAAACUCCCCUUCCAGAAAACACCACGCAGCUUCAUUGCUUUUUUGCAGUGUUUCUUGUGCCUGUGUGACUUGUUAAAUGCACAAGUACCAAACUGAGGGGUUCAGGGAGCGUUUUUCCCUGGUUGAACUGCAGUUUCUCUGGUUGGUUCCGUAAAUGCUUUGGCUGUUCAGGAUCUUGGUAACGCGCAUUCGCCAUGCAAAGUGCAGGAUGCAAUAACAAGUUGUUACAAGUGCCAAACUUUUGGUUUCCUCUGUAUAUAACAAUAAUCCAGCUGUUCUAUUACAUUACAGAGAUGCUUAAAAAUCACCGUGUUCAGAAAAAGAGCAGUGGUUCUUUUUUUUUUUUGAAAAUCAAUACUAUUUAAAACACUGUAAAACUUUGUUUUCUACUGCUGUUCUGCAGGUUUGUGUCACUCUUCACAGCUGCCUUGAGACAUCGCUCCAUGUGAUGCGUAUGGACACUUUGCUCUUUAUUAGAGCACUAGUGCUGUGCAAGUAUUUAACAAAUAGCAGCUGACAACAGGUUUUAGUAUUUAAAAUGUAAGUGUUUAGAGAAAGUGGAAUUAGUUUGCAUUAAUGUUAUCUGCAGAAGGAAGGCUGUGUCUCAGGAAGCGUGGCCGUGCCCAGGGACACAGGCGUACAGAAGAUUGUAGCUAAGGUGUGUUUUGCCAUAUGAAUCCUUUCUGCUGCUAAUGUUAGCAUCAAGGAUUUGCCAUUUGUGUUCUCUCGACCCAGGUGGGUGGGAGGAGUGUUAAUUAUAUACAUGUUUGUUUUGCAGUUAGAAGCUACUAUUUCCAUCCUGGAGUAUUUCCUCUUACCAUUAAGGAAUGAGUACAGACCUGCAUGUCCGUCAGUGCUGUAGCCUUUUGACAUUUGACAUUUGCUGUUGCUCUUCCGUGUUUGUUGUCGCAGUCAGGAGCUGCGUCAGGAGGGUCCGUGUUUCACGCUGCCCUGGGCUCGGGUUUAGUGACAACUUGGGCACGUGCUCUCCAGCAUCCCUGGGGGGUUUGGUUUGGUAUGGUUUUUUCUGGGCCACUCCUCACCGUAGGAAGGAUUGCAGCCAGGCUUUAAGGUGACAGCUCUGAUCAGCCGUGUCCUGCGUGACCGUGUAGUCCAACUGCUGUUGUACUCCAGCAGUCGGUUCUCUCAAAUUCUUGAAUAACAGGUAAGCUAGAAAAGAAUGGACUAAAACCACGCGAAGUGCCUAAUUAGAUGAACACCUGCUAAAAACGGAUUAAGGGUAAUAGGAGAAUUAAACUAUGAACUGCUACCAACAGGUGACUAUGUUGUAAACUCGUUGGUGAUACACAAUUUUAAAUACAGCUUAUUCUAGGUAGCUUAUUAGUUAUUAAAAUAAUUAUAAUACAUUAAAGAUUUGUUCAGAAUAACAUUUGAAGGUUAUUUGCAAAAAUCUAUUGAAACAUCUUGAAAAGCGAGCUGGAAAAUUGGAAGUUUUCCGUGUAGAAGGUUAAAUGUUGUUGCCCAGUAUUUUUGCAGGGUGUCGUGUGAAUAACGAACACCUGCCAGAGCGCAUCAGUAAAUGAACAUGCUCAAUGCCGUUACCUACCUGUGCCCUUGAAUUUUCAUAAUGAAAUGAAACUACACUGAGCCCUUGUAAAAGCUGAUGGAUCUGAUUACAAUAAUAGGAUAGAAAGAAGCAUCCCCAGUGUAAGUAACGUUAUUUAAUUGAUAAAACAUGGAAAUGUAAUUAUUUUUAAAUACUAGGUGCUUUUGAAUCACCACCUAAUGGCCUUGGUGUUUUUUUUUUCCUUUCCUCCUACCUUUCUUGUCAGUUAACGCUAAGACACCUGUUUAUGUCAAGGACAAGUUUCUUUUAUCUGUACUUCUAAACCCAGUCAGAAAGUGUGAUUUCUGUGCAUUCUGGUAUGCUGCGCAAACCUUAUCCCUGGCUGUUCUUGAGAUUCUCAUCUUAAUGCUCUCACACACUAAAACCUGGGGUAGGCAGCAUCUGGUUUAUUAAUUUACACAUGACAGCAGGAAAGCAUUAUCAUCCUUGUCGCUUGUUUCGCUAUUUUUAGGUCUUCAAAAGCAAAGUCUGAAUAAUUAUUAGAUUAAGUAAACUAGUACACCGGGGUGUCUGGCAAAAUGGUCAAGCUGAACAGAGCUGAUAUUCUUUAAAGCUCUUGUUAAAGUUUCUUUCUGAAGGGAAGCCAAGGAGCACCCUCUUAAGAAAUACUGUCAAACUCUUUCAGAACCAGUUUAAACCAGUCCAAGGGACUCUUCUGGAUCACUUACAGAAACCGGGAUCUGUUCUCGCUUUUGUUUGCCUGGGGAAACAGCUGCUAACUCAAUUUUAAGCAUUUAUUUUCUCCCUGACUUCCAAAACCUAAUGAUUUACUUCUUGUAAUUGAAACUUUUUUGUGUUGAAGGGUCUGAGCAAGCUGUGUUCUGGUGGGCUCCUCAGAGGUGGCGUUGCAGUGUUAAGGGGGGAGAAAAAGCAUCAGUAAAGCAAGAAGAUUCCUGGGCAUUCCCCGUGUACAUGCUGCUGUUGGUCUUGUUUCUUUUGUCUUUUGCUCUUACUAACAAGAUUUUGCUUUCUCUCCUGCCCCAAAUUCCCAUCUGAAUGCAUUGCUUUUGCUGAUGAUCCAUAAGAAGUGCCCCUGGGGCUGGAGAACAAACCUGAGCUCUGUGUGCGCUGGAUUUCCAUACAUCUCUGCACCCUUUAACUGCUCUCGGUUUGUGUGGGGGAAAGCGCUUAAUAUACAGUGAAAUGGCUUUUCAUCGGGCUUGUAAAACCAACGUCAGCAGGUUGGGGAUCACCUGGACACCUGUAGGCAGAACAUCCAUAGCCCGUUCCCAUACGUGUGGUGCUUGGGGCUGGACGUUGGCGCCUUGUCCAUAGGGAAAAACCCGCGUUCCCAGCUACCUCAUUUUUUUUUCUCUGCACUUUGUCAAAUAUUUUUUGUUGUUUUGGUUUAAAUCGCAUUUUGUCCUUCAAUAAGAAAGGAAAAGCAGGCAAGCAGCAGGGCAGAGUGAUGCCAUUGUCCAAGGACAGCUUACUUUAAUUUCAUUUUAAAUGCAUGUUUCUGUACAGAAAGACCAAGGUUGACAUGCAGCUGCUGCAAAAAGUAAAUAAAAAUGUAUAUUGCUUGAAAGUAACUGUUAUGCUUGUAAAUGAGAGAAACAAUUGAAAGACUGUCCUGACAAUUUUAAAUAGGAAAAAAUCCGUUUGAAGAAUAGAAUUCUCUGCUCUUUUAAGACAGAUCAGAGAGUUUUUCUCUCCGCCUCUGCUCUGCACUGUUGUACCUGUGGACUUGAUCCGUUAUCUCAAUAGGGAGAUUCACUGAUUUUUCUGUAAUGUCUAAUCUGGAUUUUUUUUUUCCCAUAGAGUUCCCCAUUUACUCACAGGGGAAAAACUGUCCAAAUAAACACCCACCUUCUGUACCUGAGGUUAUGUAUUUGCCCAUUUCUUUGGUAUCUUCAAGCAUGCAGAGUUUUGCUUAGCUUGAAGAACUUAAACAAACAAAAACCUGUGUUUUCUUCUGCUUCUGAAGGUGCUAUUUUGACAUAUUUUUUGAAUUUCUUACACUGUGCUUGAUUUCUUACAGUAGCAAUGUAAGCUGAUAAUCAGCUAGUGCUUGUUCUCUGGGUUUGGGGUUUUCUGGGGUAUUUGGUCCUUUUUUUAAAAAAGACAUCCCUUUUCAUAAAGACAGUUCCCAAACUGUCAAAGGCCUUAAUGAUACAAAAUGCGAUGGGAAAAUGCUGCCUUUUUUCUGUCUUCGUAAAGGCAAAACCAAGAAAUGCUUCACGGGGAACGUUUUCCUCUUACAAUUUUAAGUAGCAGCGCCUAUUGACUUUGAAUUAAAUGUAGCGAGCGUUUUACUGGCCAUGCAGACAUUGCAGGGAUAAAACAAGGAGCUGUUUGUGUCCCUGCUCCUUCCAGAGCCCUCCCCUGGCAUCGUGGUGGAUAUUCAGUCAAUAUUCAUCCUCCUGGGCUUGGUCCCCAGCCGUGUGUUGUCCCCUGCGUGUCUGGGACACUGACCAAUGCGGCUGUUGGAGCAUUGGGGUGUUGGGCCGCGUGUGGGUUUUUUCGUGGACCUUGUCCCUUUGUCCCUCGUUCCAGAGGCUGGGGAGGUCUGUCCAGCCUGGAGGGGGUGACCAGGAGGAGAGAAGCUCCUGGCUGCGGCCACCGGCAGGGGACACCGGCUUGGUAGGGCUGCGGAGAAGCUCUCGUAGAUGCGAGAGCUGAAUUGGGAGUCCUGUGUAGGAACUUUGUUGCCAUCCUGGUUGUUCUGUGUUUUAUUUUGGUUUAAUCUGUAUCAUCAGUUCUGUUUAGGGAUUUGAUAACGUGACAUAAAAAAGUCAUACUUCUGCCCUGUGUGAAGCAGCAGGAAGGAUCAAGGGGUUGAUGUUUGAACUUGUCCCAUCUCCAGCCAUCAGAUUGCUGCCUUUCCACAGGCUUCAUCGUGCCAGUGGUGCCGCAUUUCUCGGUCCUGUCAAUCCAAGAGCCCUUUAGCCCUUUGAAGAGCACCAAGGCUGCCUUGUCCUUCUCCUGCUCCACGUUGGGUAGCGCCCUGCGGACCAUCCUCACUCAUCCAGCCAGUCGUCGUCCAGUAGCCCCGGGCUGGUGGGUCUUCAUGAGCAGUGUCUGCGUUUCCUGCAGCCCUGGUUGAAAAACAGCCAGUAAGUGAGGGGCCAGGAGCAGAUCCCUGUGGAACUUGCAAAUCCUUGAUCCUCUGAUUUUUGGGAAGGCUGAGGAGCAGCGCAGUUCAUGCCCAGGCCUGUGUGCGAUGUCUGAGGCUCGCAGCUGUGUUCUGGCUGCACGGGUGGGGAUGAGUCCACCCUACCGCUUCUAUAAGGGUAAGAUACAAAGGCUUAUGGGCUGAGUGUUGUAGGAGGUCUAAUAUUUUGCCUUUGUUGUAUUUAAAUCUGAAAAUAUUGGAGGCUCUGAAACUAUUUCUGCAGUUUGGAACAGCACAUAUUGGCCUAAAUAAGUGAGUAGCUCCUGGCCACCUGGUUUUCCCUUCUGCUUUUUUUUUGAGAACGCAGAAAUGUAAAACUGCUUCCCAGUUUGUAUGCUUACUUGUUUAAUAGUCUGAAACGGGAACCUGACAGGUUGACAUUGUUUUAAUUUUGCCUUCAAAAGGAAAAAAGCAAAUUUUGUUCAUGCUAAGUGCUUUACCUUCAGAGUUUUCCCUCUGUAAACUAUGUUGAUUGAGUACUAUGAAUCUUGUAGGAUUGGGCUAAAGAAUUGAAAUACAUAUUAUAUGAGCGAUGGCUAAUGUAGUCUGACUUUGCAGUGUACAAAUAUUCUAUUUUAGCGUAAGAGAAUGAAAUAACAACUACAUUGAUUAAUCCAACUAUGAUAUCUGUACUCCAUGAGCCGAGUAAUAGGAGGGUGUUGGAAUGUGAUGCCACGUCCCUGCUGCUCUCCUAAAGGUUCAGAGUUCUCUCAGAUCUAAGAUCUUGAUAAUUACCAGGAUAUUGUCAGAAUAUAUUGCCGCUUUUUCUACAAAAAAAUACGUCAGUGUGGUGUGGUAGAACACUCACCUGGUCUUCUUUACCAUCACUGGCAUGCAGCUUCACAGGGAGGUUUAUUCCUGUCACCAAGCUGUCAUGCUUCAACUUCUGUAUUACAGAUGUAUUUACUGUCACAGGCUUUUUAUGUGAGUACCUUUUCUGUGGGUCUUUGUGUUUUGUGUGGGAGUGGAGGUUUUGCUUUUAUUUGUUUAUGUACCCCCUGCAAAAUCUUCUUGUGUUGCUUUAAAAGUGAGUCUGUGAAUCACUUGGGGCCAGGCUUUGGAAUGCUCUGACCUGAGUAUGUCGCGUUCCUUUGGUUUAAAAAAAAGGGAAAAAUAAGACGUAAAUGCUCUUUGGCCUCAAUCAAACUAUGCAAUAUAGUGCACCAGAGAGCUGAAUUCCUUGUGAUACAGAAGACCGACGGCUCUUGUGUCCUUCCAAAUCCAGUCCUUGGUCCAAGGUUAGGAGAACUUGUACUCCAUGGCCGCCCAAGAAUCUUGCAUCCAGAUAACUCAUGUUCACUGGUUUUUCUCCUUCCCCCUCGUCUUACCCAUCGGUUUUUCAGGUAUUUUGGCUCAGAAUGAUGUGCUAUCGAAGUGUAUCCCUCCUGUCAGUCGUGUCUUGUUGUCAAUUGGACCUUGUCUUGUAAACCCGCCAGUGUGGCUUCCCCGCUGGAGUAGGUUAGGGGCUGUUUCACCACGUCUGCAUCUCCUUGCUCCAGAGCAUGUCACGCGUUGUGGGUUUGCUGUGCCCCUGCGGGUAGAUGCGGGUCUUGCUUUUACGUGCCUGUGUUGUUCGGUUGUGGCUCUGGUGCUGACAGUAAAGAAUACCUGCGACAUCUCAAAUCCAGUCCAGGUACCCUUUCACUUCCACCGCGUGUCUGUGUGUGUAUAUUUGAUUUUACUGCUUCCAUGGCAAUUCAGGGAUAAAUGCGCAUGUGGUCAGGAAUGCUGAUAAAGGUUCUUUAUUCUCUCGUUGCUUCAUUUAUCCAGUGAAGUUUGUUCCUUGUGUUCCUCUUCUUCCCCCUAUUAAACACUUAUGAAACCAGUGCACUCUUUUCCCCUGGUUCUAUGUCCCAUGAGUAGCAUUUCUGUACCAGUUGAUCAUGUCCUCCCACUUUACAUGCAUUUUCCUGAGUAUUCUUCUGUAUUUAUCAUUUACAUAACACACCUUUGUACCUCAUACUGCUGCUCUCUCCUAACUCCGUUCACUAUUCUGCCUUUCUUUAGUUCAGCUUAACCUUGAUUUAUUUCUCUGCUUUCAAAAAGGGAUUUUGGUGCAUAACACUGGGAACAAGCAGAAAAUCUCUGCAGGUGUCUGUGUCUAUUCAUUCCCUCCCUGGCACACACAGUGUGAGGGGUUCAGCCCAUUCCAUUCCCAGCCCCGGGUUGUUCCUAGUGCAAGGCAGGACAAAGUCUGAAGGCGUUUCUUCUUUCUUUCGGUAAUUGAAAAUAGUUGGAGAUUUUCUUCUUCAGAAGCAGCCGCUGCGGAUGAGCAGCUGGCCUGCGAGAGGGUUCUUAUGCUUCCAUAUUCAGUAUUUUUAAUUGAGGAACAAAUAAUUUAUUUUGGAGAGAAAUGUAAAUUUUUUUGUAUUUGUAUGUCAAAGUGGCCUUUAUAGGAAAAGCACAUAAAAUAUUUAGAUUAAAAUUGCUUAGUUGUGUAAUUUUAGUGGGGAUUUUUGUAUUGACAGGGUUUCUAUGCAUUUUUCAAAAUAUACUUGCUGUUUUGUGUUAGAAUUAUUGGAAAUAUUUUUUAAAAUGUGUAUUACCACAUUUUCCAUGGUUGAUCCCUUUACUAUCGUUCCUUUUGAAUACUAAAAAGAUUUUAAUUAACCCUGUAAAUUAAUUUUCCCCCACAAAUAUUUGCAUUAAGUCAAUAUAAUGAGUUAUAGCCUGGGUAUGUGGCUCUAAGGGAAUAGGCCUAGUAGUGUAGCUUAAUUACGGAGAGAUCUUUUUGGAGAAGGGCAGUACACAGUGUUUCAAUUGCACUUAAGAGACUAAAUUAGGAAAUCAGGUUUUUGCUGUACCUCACUGGGAUUUUUUUUUUUUAAACUGUUUCCAUUUUAUGUUGUUUACACUUGAGCAUUAUUUAAAUAUGUACGAUUUGUGCGGUUUGCAAUUCUCCUUCAUGCCGUUGGGGUGAUACUAAUGUUAGCAGAUACGGGAAGUUUCGGGAAGCAUGUGGUAUCCUGAUGGAUAUGGCAGGAGUUUGGGGAGGGAGGGAAGGUAGAUCCAUUAGUGUAUUUUUCCAUUUCAUUAUGUACACAUUUUCGCAUUAGCAGAGACUAAAGUAACUGAACUUAAAAUUGAAUUGUAAGUAAAAUUAGUGGUUUAGGGAUGGGAGGGAACAAAGACGGGGUUUGCAGAACUGCAGUAGCUCUGCAGUGCGAUUGCCGGGACUGCCUAUGCAAAGUACAACCCCAGGUGGAUACAUCAGACCCUUCUGUUCUUGCUCCUGUUUUACUUUCUCUUCCUGAGGUGUUAUUGCAGGGCUUGCGAAGUAGAACCUUCCUGGGAAUGCUUGAUACUUCGGUUUUAAUCAUUUGGGGUUUGUAUUUUAAGUUUUUCUCUUGUUUCUGUUUCGUCAGAGAUCCCACAUGGUUCAUAGGUUAGUGUAAGUGCAAGUUUUUAGGUGUAGUAACAAAUGGACAUUGCAUGCUACCAUGUAUUCUCAUAACUGAAGAAAAAUGUGCAAUUUUAAUGGCACUUUGACCUAGUGCUGAAACACUGGGUUUUGCAAUGGAACAAACGCUUCAACAAUUGAAAACACUCUGUCUACAUUAAAUGUCUUGAAAGUGAAGAAAAAGGCAGUUACUCCAGUUGUACCCACAGAUAGUUUGGUAUUGAUUUUUUUUUUUUCAGUUUUGUGAUCUGUUAUUAGAAACAUACACGUUUCUUGGUUUACUUUAGUUGCCAUAAAUUGCCCAGUGCAGAGUCCAGUCCACCUCCAUCCGCUUAUUUUCGUGGAGUAGUUGCACAUGAAAUUGUAACAGCAAAGCAGGAAAGCUGUUUGGUUACCUACCAGUAACCUCCCGUGCAGAAUUGCUUUGUGGCUCGUGACGAUACGAAAAGGGACGCAAGAAUUUUCCUGGAUUAAGUAGCACUCACUUUGUUUACGUGUUCAGUAUAACGUUGGGUGACUAAAGGGAGGUUCCCUUUUUAAAGUAUUUGACUUGUGCUUUGGGGACUUAGUUGCCACUGUGCAAAUUGUGCUGUAAUAUUGUACCAAGGAUCAGUGAAAGUGUUUUAUCUUUUUUAAUGUCGUUUGUAUUUGACCGGGUUUUAUAAAUGUAAGAAAACAGAGUGUUGUAUUUUGAUCUGAACUUGCGUAUGGUAAAAGUAACUUUGCUUUAUGUAUUGGAGGUUUGUUCAGAACUUGAAUUAUUUUAUAGAAGGGUACAGACCAAAAUUAAUUGUCUUAAAGGUGUUUAAUAAACUAACCAAAUAAAACAUUGAUGGUUUGAAAACUUG